GUUGGUGAAUUGUCCAUACCAGAAGUGAAAGAUGCCUUAAAGAAAUGUAAAGGGAAUAUAGAUGAUGCAGUUCAGGAGUGUAUUACACACAGAAAACUUCUGUAUACUCAGUUUAAUUUUGAUGAAACCAUUCCAAGAGAAGAUGUAUUGCAAACAAUACUAGAGUGUAAUGGUGAUUCUGAACAAAUAGAAACUAAACUGAAUCAGAUUGCACUUCAACCAUUUAUGGAUCGGGUAUGGGAAGAUGAGGAUGGCAGUGAAUACUCAGAUAUAUGUAACAGUGUAUCAAACAGUAGACGGACAAGAAUGGUGUUCAUGGAAGGCAAAUUAAAAAGUUGGGGUAGAGCUGAAACUGUGAUUAAGAUUGUUGAUGAAGAGUUAAGCAAGUCAUGCUUAGAAAUGAGUUCUUUAGAAGAUGUUAUUGAAGCAUGUAGGAAUUGUCUUGGAUUUAAAACAUCUUUAGGAUACCUUCAGCAAGAAUGUGAAAUCUGUUAUACUAAAUUUCCAAUGAAUAAGAUAACAAGUUUGAAUAUUUGCCAGUGCAAGUUGUGUAUUGAAUGCAUGAAGCAACACUUUGAAUAUUGUGUUAAAGAUAUGAAUGUAAAAAGAUGGAGUUGUCCUGUCUGUAGUCGUCCAAAUAUGGCUGAUUAUGACACAGCUCAAAAUUAUUUAGCAUUUCUAACUAUCCUGAUUAGAAAUUAUUGUGAUGAGCCUACACAAGAUUUAUUUGAUAAAAAAGCAAAUCUGUGGAGUAUACAACAAGAUGCUAAUUUUCGUUGGUGUGCUCACUGUGAAACAGGAUUCAUCUAUCAAGGGAACCAGCUGUGUAUGACUUGUCCAAACUGUUACAAGAAAACUUGCUUUCGAUGCAAGAAAGAGUGGGAAAUACAGCAUGAAAAUAUAACUUGUGAAGAAUUUGAACAAUGGAAAUACGACAAUGACCCCAACAAUCAGGCAUUUGGUUUAGCCAAUCAUCUCAAGGAAAAUGGCAUUGAUUGUCCGAGCUGUAAAAUGAGAUAUUCGUUAUCAAAAGGUGGAUGUAUGCAUUUUACUUGUCCAGAGUGUAGUCAUGAAUUUUGUAGUGGGUGUUGUCAGCCAUUUUACCAUGAAAAUACCUGUCCUUUAGAAUGUGUAGGUAAAGGAUUACAUUGCCAUCAUCCUAGAGAUUGUUUCUUCUUUUUACGUGAUGAAGAGCCUUCUACACUUCAAGAAUUGCUUCAGAUGCACGCAAAAAGUUUUAAUACAGAAGUCAGUGAAAGUAGUUCUGGUUGUCCAGUAAUGGAACAAAAAGAAAGAAGUCAUUCGAGUAAUUAUGAUGAAGCUUGUGGAAAAGAAGUAAAAGAAGGAUGGGCUGGACUUUGUAUUGAUCACUACAAAGAAUAUUUAGUUGGCUUGAUUAAUAAACAUAACUUAGAUCCAUUAAAUGUCAUACAAGCUGAGGAG